CGCAGAAUCGAAUUCGAACGCGCACGAUGCACACGACAGCUCAACUGGAUAGUCUGGAGCAGAAGCGCUCGGCCAGCCUGAUCUUUCGGAUCGAGCAGCUGCUGCCCAGCACCAGCAUCUCACCGAGCACCAUGACGAGCACCUCACCGACGGAGACCACGUUGACUGCCACCACGAGUACGGCCAGUCCAGCGAAGAGGAUGAGGAGCAAUCCGCGACCAGGUGUUUACACCACGCAAUACACGCCCAAGGAUACCUGUUCGAUCGCCAUUCCCACCUCGGCUCUGCUGAGCUCCACGGCCACGCCCACGGAUGGCGGACGAUCGCACUGCCAGUUGUCCAAUGGCGAGCUGGUCGUGUCUGCCUCCCAGCUGCGCCAGAUCAAACUCUCCGAGGAUGUCUACAGCUUCAAUGCCAUUUUCGAGCUGCACGGCGGUCAGGCGGUGCGAGUGCGCCUGGUGAGGGAUGUGGCCAGGGACGACGAGAUCGUGGCCUGGUUCGGCGAGGAGUUGGUCCUCCUCAUGGGCAUUCCAUUCCUAACGCCCUUAAAUAUUCAAGGAAAUAGCCGGUACACCUGUCACUCGUGCCAUCUGACCUUCGAGACGCCGCAUCCGCUGAAGAUCCAUUUGGCCCUGGGCUGUGGCCGCAGUGCCAUGGACAUCCUGUGGAUGCGACUGCACUACGCUCUGAAGGCGGCGUCGCGAAGUCAAACGGCCACGCAGCACUCGCCCAUUCCGGCGACCUCAUCCACCUCCUCGGCCUCGCCCACCCACUCGCCACCGCCCCAGAUGCCACCGCGCUUCUCCGCCUUCCGCCCGAUUGCAGCACUUACCCAGAGUCUGCCCAUGACAACGACGACAAGUACUCCGGGAACGCUGUCCUAUCUGCCCUCCAUUUCGAUGGCUACCGCUCCUUUGGCCGCACAUCCGAUGAACGCGGCCGCACAGAUCGAAGCCAUAGUCAGUAACAUGGGUGCCUCCAAGCAGGGUCACCUAUGCAUCUACUGCGGCAAGGUGUACUCCCGGAAAUACGGCCUCAAGAUCCACAUACGCACCCACACCGGAUUCAAGCCGCUGAAAUGCAAGUUCUGCCUGCGACCGUUUGGCGAUCCGAGCAAUCUCAACAAGCACGUCCGGUUGCACCUGCAGACGCAUCCCAGCGGUUCCACGGGAGGCGCGGAAAGUGCAAGCGGCGGAGCCGGCAGCGAUGUGGACAUUGAGGGGGAAACGGAAGCGCGCUCCCAGUGCCACUUGUGCCACAAAUCCCUACCACGUCGCAGGGAUUUGCAGCGUCAUAUGGAAACGCGGCACCGUGGAUCCCAUUCCCAUUCCCACUCCCACUCCCAAUCCAGCACCACCAGCACUACCACAUUGGCCAUGGAGACGGUGACCACUUCGAAAUCCAGCUGAGUUCUGGGGAAAAUCUGUGUGGCACGCUUUGUGGG